AUGCCUCCUCCUUAUAAGUUACCACCUUUACCAAGACUUAAAGUGAAAAAUCCAGUUCAUAGAGUGGAGCCAAACACAUGUAUAGUUAUAAUGAGUUCUCUAUUACAGUGUUGGUCUUCUAAUGGUCAAGACGCAAAUCAAUGUGCAGAAUUAGUCAAGCAAUUGAAACUAUGUUCAGCAACUAAUAAAUCAGUAAAGCCUAAAAGAUCAAAUAUUAAUUACCACACUGCUAGAUUAUAUCCAAAGGUUAAUGGCCACCCAACUGAAUAA